AUGGCUUCUUGGCGUUCUCCAACCGCGAUCUUGCAGCUCGUCAAUCUCGCCGCUUUGGGUGGGAUGACAAUGUACUUCAAAUCGCAUCAUGACUAUAAUCUAGAAGAGCAUGAAGCGCGAAUGGAUGAGCUGGAAGGUACACUACGAGGACAUAUAGGCCUGAUAGAAGACUCCCUGGAGAGGAUAGAGAAGAAGAAGAUGGAUGGCAAAAGCGAGAGAGCUGAGCAGCUAUACACGAGUCGUGGCAGGGACGAAAAGAAGCAGAAAUGA